AUGCCAGAAACCAUAGAAGCUACCGGCAAUGACAAAAGACAAGUCGUAAAAGUUGACAAUUCCAUUACCAGGAAAGUCAAAGAUAUAGCAGCCGGGUUUAUCGGUGGUGCAACCCAAGUCUUAAUCGGACAACCUGCCGAUCUCGUUAAGAUCAGAUUACAAACCACAUCAGGAACAUCCUCCUUAUCGAUCAUAAAGAGUGUCAUUAAAAACGAAGGGAUAUUUGCAUUUUAUAAAGGAACAUUACCUCCAUUAUUCGGGGUUGGGGUUUGUGUUUCGUUACAAUUCUAUGGAUUUCAUGAGACCAAGAGACAAAUCUUACAAUAUACCGGACAACCUAGUAUGAAUUUAUGGCCUCAGACAUAUAUUGCGGGUGCGAUGGCGGGGAUAGUGAAUUCUCCAGUUACUUCCCCGAUUGAACAAUUACGUAUUUUGAGUCAGGCUUCUGAGAAGAAACUUUCCUUGACGGAAACAGUUAAGAAGAUGUAUUCAGAGCAUGGGGUUCUGAAAGGGUUAUAUAGAGGGUUUGGGAUUACCUUAAUACGUGAAAUCCAGGCAUAUGGGGUUUGGUUUGCGACUUACGAAUUCUUGAUUCAACAAAUUAUCGAUUUACAGCAUUAUAAAUCUAGAGAUAAGGUGAGUACACCUGAAUUAUUGGCAAGUGGGGCUAUUGCAGGAAAUGCUCUCUGGCUUGCCUCAUAUCCUUUGGAUGUUAUAAAAUCGAAUGUUCAAAGUGAUGGAUUUGGAAAAGAGAGUAAAUUUAAUGGUAGUGCUUUUAGAGCAACUAGUUUUAUUUAUAAGACGCACGGUCUUAUGGGAUUCUGGAGAGGUAUUGUUCCUUGCUUGUUGAGAGCUGUUCCUUGUAGUGCGGGUACGUUUGCCAGUGUUGAAUUGGCAUUAAGAUUAAUGGGAUAG